GCAAGAAGCUUCACGUUCGUAUACGUACAAAAACACUCACGUAAAAUGGCAAGGCGCUUAGAGCAUCACCAACUUAAACCCAUCCCGGAGAUACGUAUGUGUCGUAGAGGCCCGCCAGCGCAGCUCCUCUACGUAUAGGUUGCGUCCGCGUACUACUGCCUAUGCUCACGCGCCGGAGGUUGUUCUCUUCUUCAGCCGUCGACGACGGGUUUCAGCCACUCGAGGAAGACAACACACAUCGUUACAGGGGACAUCGCGCAGACUCAUUCUUUCCUGAGGAUGUCGAUGAAAUAAUCGAGCUGCGCGCCAGGCAACGGACAUUCGAUGGGGCGUAUGCGAGGACAGCUCUGGUGAACUUUGGGUAUGCCCUCACCAUCCUCCGCCUGUUCGACAAAAGCUUCGCUCGCAUCGGCCUCGUAUAUACCGUCCUCGGCGUCGCCCUAACGGCCAUCUCGUUCUUCCGCCACCGGCACGCACGACACGAUUUCGCCGACGUACACCGCAAAGAGACAUGGCAAGACGCGAUACUCACUGUCGGACAAACAGGCCAACGCAACUACGGACGACCGUUCGUCACUGCUGGGUGGAUAGUCGUUGCGGUGACAUUAGUAGUCGCCGCAGUCGAGAUCAGUCUGCUUGUCCUUGUGUUCGAUGCCAAAAUAACCGAUUCAUGACCAUGGGUUGGCACCUGGAUCUUGCCCGUAGCUGAGUUAUGUUACGUUGAGCUUCACUUCGGCAGGACGACGCAGGAAGUUGUUGAGAUCUACAGGGGCUUGAGGCGCGUAGCUCACUUUCCAAGGAGCCGCAGAAGGCGAUACAAUUGCGAAAGGCAAUACGGUUUAUCAGUUAGGGCACAGGGUUGCGUGUUCGGCCCCCGUCAACAAUCUCAGCAGCGCCUACAAGGAGCAUUCGACUACAAGUUAUUUUCCUGUGUCAAGCGCGUUGCAGAGCGCGGGCAGUCCGACCAUUCGAAGCGCCUUGAUAAUCUAUUCGAAGUCGCGCUCUCUGUGAUACCGGUGUUUCGGGAC